AUGGCUGCCUGCAACCUCAUGGGGGGGGGGAGGGGGAGGAGGAGAAAAGGGAGGGGAGAGGGGGUGGGGGGAGGGGGAGGAAGAAGGGGGGUGGGGAGGGGAAGGUUGAAAAGGGGAGGGGAAGGGGACGGGGAGGGGGAUGGGGAAAGGGGACGCGGAAAGGGGACGGGGAGGGGAAAAGGGACGGGGAGAGGUAAAGGGGACGGGCAGGGGACGGGGAAAGGGGAUGGGGAAGGGGGAAGGGGAUGGGCAGGAGGAUGGGAAGUGGGACAAGGGGUGUAACAAGAAGGAGCAGGCCGACCUG